AGAAGAAGAAGAACAAGAAGAACAAGAAAGAGGAAGAGGAAGAUGUCCCGAUUGUUUCGGAAACGCUUUCCGCCGUCGAGAUCAGAGCUGCCUGUAGACGUUUAGCCACCACUAUGAUCGACAACCAAAAGCAGCAAUUUACUCAGUUCGGGAUUAUGGCCGAUUUCAACGACCCCUACAUCACCAUGGCCCAUGAUUACGAAGUCAACCAGCUCCGGAUCUUUGAGAAACUCAUGGAAAACGGCCUUCUUUCCCGACAAUUGAAGCCUGUAUGGUGGGGAUGUGAAACUCAAACCGCUCUUGCCGAAGCUGAGUUGGAAUAUAACUCCCAGCAUAAAUCUACGGCUAUCUAUGUUAAGUUCCCAUUAGUUAAUGUUCCUUCGCACUUGGUAGCGCGUCUCCCCCAACAUACCAACUUAAAGUUAUUAAUAUGGACAUCUACGCCAUGGACUAUUCCAGCCAAUAAGGCCGUGUGUGUAAACGAGCUGCUUGAAUAUACGGUAAUUGCUUCCGAUAGUGGAGAAUGGCUUGUGGUGGCACAGCCAUUAGCGGAAGAAGUUCUCCGUCUCAACACCAACUACACACAAGUGGACAUUAAGCUUAGUGGAACUGAACUUGUCGGAUUGAGGUAUAUCAAUCCAGCUGCCAAUGACAGAAUAGAACAUCCGGUUCUUCAUGGAGAUCACGUGGUAUCCAGUGCCGGAACAGGACUUGUGCAUACGGCUCCUGCUCAUGGAGGUGAUGAUUACCUCAUAGCCAAAUCCCAUGGCUUAUCCAUCAGUUCCUCAGUCAAUGGACAAGGCCGGUACAUUGCAGAUCACCUUCCCGCUGGUUUCCAUUCCCUCAUCAACCUCAAAGUCACCGAAACCUCAACCAUCACUCAGUGUCUAGACCUCUUAAACCAAUCAGAUAUGAUCUAUUCGAUCGAUCGGAACUUUGUACACUCAUAUCCGUAUGACUGGCGGUCCAAGACUCCCGUGAUACAACGGGCUACGCCGCAGUGGUUUGUCAAUGUUGAGAAGAUUAAGCAAGUAGCUAUAGAUGCAUUGGAAAAGGUUCAGUUCUGGCCGGAGUCUGGUCGGAAUAGACUUCCGUCAUUCAUUCGUAAUCGGAAUGAAUGGUGUAUCUCCCGACAGAGAAGUUGGGGAGUUCCACUUCCUAUAGUAUAUCAUAAAGAUACUGAUGAACCAUUAGCUGAUAUGGAAGUUGUUCGGUAUAUAAUCGACCGCAUAUCGGAAUAUGGAACCGAUGAAUGGUUUGUAGCAGAACCGGAACAUAUAACCCGUUGGUUACCACCAUCAUUUGAGUCUUCGGCUCACUUAUACCGUAAGGGACAAGAUACUAUGGAUGUAUGGUUUGACUCGGGAACAUCUUGGACAACCCUCAGUGAUCAGACAGACUUUAAAUCAUCCCAGCCAUUGGCCAAUGUAUACUUAGAAGGCAGUGACCAACACCGAGGCUGGUUCCAGUCGUCGCUCUUAAAUAAGAUCAUAGCCUCCGGAACCAAUGGUGCCGACUUUAAGGCCGUAGCUCCGUUUGAAACUAUCAUUACGCAUGGGUUUACCCUUGAUAGUAAGAAUAUGAAGAUGUCUAAGUCAUUGGGUAAUGUGAUCUCUCCCCAGCAUGCUAUUGAAGGAGGAGGUAAACCUUUACUUCCGGCAUUGGGGACCGAUGGGUUACGGCUCUGGGUAGCUUCUUCCAACUAUACAGUAGAUGUCAAUGCGGGACCGGAGAUCUUGAGCCGAGUAUUUGAGAAUGUCAAGAAAUUGAGAGUUACGUUUAAGUAUAUGUUGGGGAAUUUGAAUGAGUUUACUCUGGAUCAUAUGGUGGAAUAUGGUCAGUUAAGUCCAUUGGAUAAGUACUGUUUAUCGACACUUUAUCGACUCCAAAGCAGCUGUGUAGAUCACUACAAGAGUCACAACUUCUCCCGAGUGGUUAAUGAAGUCAACUUCCAUAUGAAUGGACUUCUCAGUGCCAUCUACUUCGAUGUGUCUAAGGAUUGUCUCUAUACCGAUAGUAAGCAUUCAAUCCGAAGACGGUCUAUUCAAACAGUGUUGACACAUAUCCUUAGAACUUAUAUUGGAAUCCUUGCACCUAUUCAGCCAUUACUCACUCAAGAGGUGUGGUAUGAAUACCAGCGCUUGUUUGGAACUCCAGAGUCAUCUCCCUUUAUGAUGCCCUGGAACUCCUUCUACCAAUUACCGGCUCAGUUCCUCAAUGAAUCUAUUGAAGCUGAGUUCGAUGUGCUAUGGAAGGUGAGAGACCAUGUCAAUAAGCAAUUGGACACACUAAGGGCUCAGAAUCUCUACAAAAACAAACUUGAAUUAGAGAUAACUUUAGCGACAGACCACAACAGUAGUCUCUAUACAUUGUUACAAAGUCAUGUGCUGUAUUUGGAUGAUUACUUGUUGGUAUCGGGGGUUGAUGUGGACACUACCCCAUCAGGUGGUUCUGCCAUACAACCGACUGUGAAAUCCACCUCUACCAUCGUCAUUGAUGAACAACCACUUACCAUAACGAUCCGUGCCUCUUCCUACUUCAAAUGCCCGCGUUGCUGGAAACAUACAGCUCCACAACCGGAGGAACUCUGUCGUAAAUGUCACUCUACUGUACAUAGUUAGUGUGUAGUCCUGUAUAUAGUCAUUUUAUCCUGUAUAGUAAUAGUCAUAGUAAUAGUACCUGUACAUAUAAUAUAAAAGC